AUUAUAUUGUUUUGCAUAUGUACUCUGAUUAAUGUGGCGAUGAGUCAAACUGUAUUGAAUGUAAUGAAUUAUGGUGCGGUUGGAAAUGGAAAAACAGACGAUUCUCAAGCUUUUCUGAAAGCAUGGAAAGCUGCUUGCCAAACUACACCACUUGCUCCAACAGUGUUAAUACCAGCCAGGACUUUUCUGUUAAAGCCCCUCACCUUUUCAGGUCCUUGCAAAUCUUCCCGUAUCUAUUUUCAGAUAAUGGGGAAAAUUGUGGCACCAAAUUCGAAAAAUGGGUGGUUGGGUCGACCCACGAAUACGUGGGUCGUUUUCUAUGGAGUGAAUGGACUUUCUGUCUCUGGACCGGGGCAGUUCGAUGGGCAAGGCUCUAUUUGGUGGAGUAAUCCUUGCAUGCCUAAUUCUGCGCAAAAUGCUGCAAAUUGCAAGGCUCCAACAGCUGUAACGUACAAGAGGUGUAACAAUCUUCAAAUAAGCGGGUUGACACAUAUUAAUCCCAUGAAGAACCACAUUCAACUAACCACUUGUAAUGGCGUGACCAUAUCUAACCUUCGAAUAAACGCACCCGAAACAAGCCCUAACACCGAUGGAAUUGAUAUUGCAAGCUCUACUGCGGUUAAGAUUCGUAACUCAGUCAUAACCACGGGCGAUGAUUGCAUUGCUAUAAGUGGAGGCUCGUCGAAUAUUGACAUUAGUGGCAUAUUUUGUGGUCCUGGCCAUGGCAUUAGCAUAGGGGCAUUGGGACAUGGAGGAUAUGACAUUGUGGAAAACGUAAAUGUGCGUAAUUGUACAUUUAAAGGAACCUUAACCGGAGUUAGGAUCAAAACCUGGCAGGGUGGAAGUGGGUAUGCAAGGAAGAUUUCAUUCAACAAGAUUAACUUCAUUGCGGUCUAUAAUCCCAUCAUUAUUGACCAAUUCUAUUGUCCUACAAGAACAUCUACGGUUAAAGUGAGUGAUGUGUCGUUUACCUCAAUAGUUGGGACUUCGAAUAUGGAUCAAGCAAUUAACCUAAGUUGUAGCCAGUCUGUCGGAUGCACUAACAUCGUACUAGAUCGUGUAUACAUAUCACAUACAACAAAAGGGAGAAAGAUAUAUGCCACUUGCAACAAUGCCCACGGAAAAGCUACCCAUACUAAGCCUGCGGUGAAAUGUUUACUUCCCUAGUUAGGUCUUUAAAUCUACUUCAUUAUUUUUCAUUUAAUGAACAAAAUAAUCAGUCAUUUGUGUAUUUUCAUCCUUUACUUCAUUAUAAUAAAGUAGACAUUAUUAUUGUAGUA